GGCAGUAGUAGCAGCACAUAAAAGACAGUCAACAGCAAAGGGAAAUGCCACUCGUAUAGUAAACUUUCAUCUCACAGCUCCCUGCAUAUAUCUGCUUUACUGAGGAGGAAGGAGGAGCAGGACCAUCGACCAAGGACCAAGGAUGCCGGGGCGCCUCAACCAGCAGCACGCGGCGUAUGCGCAACGCGUCGAGCAGGAGAACAACCGGGUGCAGGCCACUCAGGCGGUGAACAGCUACUACAGCCACUGGGGCAAGGUCACAUCGCGCUUCGAGAACUGGACCAACAAGGAAUACUACGAGAAGGCGGACCAGCAGCUCCAAUCUCGCCGAGAUCAGCAGGAGAAGCAGGCGGCCCUCAGUGAACGGCAGAACAGACUCCGCCAGCUUUUGGCCUCCGAGAACGAGGCUUACGACAAGGAGAUGGAGCGACGUCGUCGACCGCGGGAACCUGGCGGUGGUGACCUCCAGAUGCUGGGCCGGGUCAACCAAUCGCUGAAGGAGCAGGAGCAACUGCGUCGCAAACUGGAAAUGGAGGCCAAGCUCUACGGUCGCUGGCGACAUGGCGUCGACGACGAGAAGCUGCUCUACCAGUCCAAGUCAGACAACGAAGUGCUGGCCAAGCUGAACUGGCUGGAUCGCCAGAUCGAGAAUCAGCAGCAGCGCGAGGAACAGCAGGCUCUGGCCGCGGAAAGGCAGCUCCUGUUGCAGCAGGAGAUCAGCCGCACAGAGCAGGCCCAAAAGGAGCGUCAGCAGAUCCGUGAGCAGCAGUUGCGGGAACUACGUGCCCUCCAGGAAUCCCACAUGUCAGAGCUUCGUCUGCGCCAGCAAGAAGCGGACAAGUUGAAGGAGGAGGAGCAGCACUUCCAGCUCUUCCUGGGUGAGCUGGACAAGGAACGUGAGCUGCUGGAAGAGAGCAGUGCUCUGGUGCUUAAGAACGUGGACUCUGGACACGCUUUCAACCUCAAGAAAAUCAAGGUGUUCAUCCGCCAACGUAGUAAGGCCAGUCGCAAGCAAAUCUCCCUGUGCGUCAACAUGUUGCAGCGCAUGUCCAAGUACGUGGUCAAGACGGAGGAGCUGAAGAACCUCCUCGAGAAGUACCGCUCCCAGCUGGAGAACGAGGAACUGGCCUGCGCCCAAAUAGAAACCAUGUACGAGUCGGAGGCAAAGUACAAUCUUCAGCGCUGCGAGGAGAACUGGCGGGAACAGCACUUACAGCGCUACGGAGAGCUGAGCAAGUUAAUCGACCAGGAGAAAGAUUGCCUGGGCAGCUUGCUCCGUGAGAAUGUGAGCCAGCAGCAAGCGUUGGUUGAGCUGAGGACCCAGCAUCUGAAUGGCAUUGAGCAGGCCAAUAAGCAACUGGAGCAACUCAGCCAGGAGCAGGCGGAGAUGGGUGUGCCAUCGGUCACCAGUCUCAAGGAAGUGGAGUCUCAAGCUGCCGUUUCCGAGGAUUCGCGGUCGGAGGAGAACCUCAUGCCCAAGGUGAGCGACUCCUUCUCCAACCUCAACUUGGAUGUGUGGCAGGAUCUUCCGCCGGCUCGUGGAGAAGACGACCUGCAACGCCUGGACAAAUCUCGCUCCCUCAAUGUGGUCACCUCGCAAACAGCCGCUCCUCCAAAGUUCGCCCGAAAGCGAGUGGCCUGGACCUAACAAUUACAUUAUAAUCUUAUAUCGUCGUCGUUCCAGCUUAAAUUUGAAUGGUAUUAUUAGUGCUUAGGCUAGUUUAAUCCCUGUUUAGCCAUAGUUUAACUUUUUGAGUGACCCUUAACACGCUCCACACACACACAUAUGUGAAAUCCCCUCCCCCACACUUCAAUGCACUCCACUCCAAUGAAUUCCACUUCACCCUAACGAACACCACUCUGUGCACUUGUAGUUGAUAAGGCUGAUAGAUAGGCGCUCCCCCCAAAAGGGGGUCAAUAAAUCACUCCAUUUGUGGGCCAGCAGGAA